AUGGCCACCUCAAUCCCCUGGACAAGCAUCAAAGUCGUGACCUUCGACAUCUUCGGCACCCUCCUCGACGACGAACGCGGCCUCGCCGCCGCCGCCCGCGCAACUUCUCUAGCUCCCUACCUACCCAGCUCCCACGCAGAUCUCAUACGUGGUAUCAAAGCCCACGACAGUAUCAUCCAGCGCGAGACUCCCACCAUGCUCCAACGAGAUGUGGUAGCCGAAGGCUUUCGACGUUAUGCGAAGGACAUAGGCGUAGUCGAGAAAGGCCAGCUGGCCCAGGAGGAAGUGGAGACUGCUGCGAGGGAGUACGGUGGGAAGAUGGGAGAAUAUCCCGCGUAUGAGGACUCGGUUGCUGCGAUGCAGUCGUUGAAGAAGAGGUAUCGUCUUAUCCCGCUGACGAACGUGGAUCACCAGUCGUGGAAGGAGGUGAUCGGUGGGCCACUAAAGGGCUGCGACUUUGAUGCGGUGUAUAUGGCGGAGGAUGUUGGGUCGUAUAAGCCCGACCUGAGGAACUUUCGAUAUCUGUUCGAUCAUGUGAAGCAGGAGUUCGGACUAGAGAUGGAUGACAUUUGUCAUCUUGCGCAGAGUUUGACGCAUGAUCAUGGGCCGGCGAAAGAGCUGGGGCUGAGGAGCGUCCGGGUUGAUCGUAAGGGAUUGAUGGAUGGGGAUCCGGUUGAGAGGCAGGAGAAGUAUGGCUAUCAUUUGAGGGUGCAGAGUUUGAAAGAACUGGCGGAGAUUGUUGAGCAGGCAUUCGAGGUCGUAGUACGUCAGGCUACGUAG